AUGACUAUUAUUCUCGUGACAGGAGCUAACCGUGGUAUCGGGUUUGCCAUUGUACAAGCAGCGGCGGGCAGAAUCCUCGAAGCAACCUUCAUCCUCGGCUGUCGUUCCUUGGAAGCGGGGCAGGAGGCUGCCGAAAAGCUUCGCGGCUUGAAUUCAAAGGCCGUAUUCGACGUUGUCAAAAUUGACAUCGAGAAUGAUGAAAGCAUCCUCACAGCGGUGAAGUACAUCACUGAAAAGUAUGGGAAGCUAGACGUCCUCAUCAAUAACGCUGCCGGGGUCAGCCAUCCAAAGUCUCAAGACCUCCAAGAUGCUCGGGCCAAUCUCAACAACGUCUUCAACAAUGCCGUCGCAUCACCUGCAAUGGUCACCAGGGCAUUCCUGCCCUUGCUGCGGAAGAGCGACUACCCCAGAGUGAUCAUGAAUUCAAGCGCUCGAGGAAGCCUGGAGAGAACAGCAAGCAGAAAUCUCCCACCACCGAAAUCCGUGGAUUACAACAUAGCGAAGGCCGGCUUGAACAUGUUGACAUUGCUGCUGCAAUUGCUUGACGAAUCGAAUGCCGUUGAGGAAGAAAGGAUUUGCUUCUGGGCAGUCAGCCCAGGACACACCAAAACUGGCUUCAACAACUUCAUGGGAGCCAAAGAUCCCCUGGACUCUGCUGAAGCGUUCUUGAGGCUGCUGCAAGUCAAAAAGGGCGUGGUUCCGCCAGGCACGUUUUGGGAGUUCGAGGAAGGACAGUUUAGAGCUGUGCCAUGGUAG